AUGGGAAAAGUGGAAUUUAUCAAAGGAAUCAACUUUGGUGCGUUCACGUGGUCUCGGAAAUAUAAUUAUCCAAAUGGGAAAAUUCACUAUCCUGCCUUGCCAGACUACUACAAGUUCAUCCUCGUGACCGUUCUCAUCCUGAUGACUCUGAUCGAGGCCAUUCGACUUUAUCUGGGUUAUGUUGGGAACCUGCAAGAAAAGGUCCCAGAGUUGGCUGGAUUUUGGCUGCUGAGCCUCCUGCUGCAGUCUCCUCUCAUCCUGUUUCAGCUCUUUAAUGAGGCCAUUCUCAUACAGCCCCUGGAGAGAGGAGUUCACAUCGUUCUUGCUAUAUUUGUACUCUCACAGGCCCUCUCUGGUUUCCUGGCGCUGCGGGACAUGGUUAAACACACAGAAAGCCAAUUUCACCUCAGACAGUUUGACUGAUUCCUGAAGCUCUGAUGUCUCUGCCACAUCUGGACACACCCGGACAUUUCAACUCCUCUGAUACUCAAGGUCUAACAAAACUGAUGCUUCACUUUUUUUAAAUGACAUUUUAUAUGGGACACUUGCUGAGCACAAGUGAUUGCUAAAGAGAAAAACUUUUGUACCAUAUUUAUUUUUAUAUUUUACUCACAUUAUAUUUCACGGGAUUG